AUGACGCGGGCACGUUUGCUGACGCGGUUUGUCAAUCGGAAUCCACGGAACAUCGAGCGGCUUGGCCUACAAGCUCCUCCAGCUGGCUAUGGGAUGGACGUGGACCGAGAUAAACAUAGCUUCAUUUACAGGGCAGUUUUAACACGGCAUCGUCAGUAUAUUGAAGCACACAUUGAACAUUACAGAGAAGGCAUUGUGCUGAGUGCAUCUUCACGGGAAAAGCAUAUUUCUUCCCAACUUUAUCAUCCUUCGGAUGUCUCGGCUUGUGCCAAUAUUGGCCGUGUGCUCGGUUUGCGGAGUUGCAUGGCCGGAAUACAUUUUCUACAAGCUGUCCAACCCGAUGUUAUCAAGCGUAGUGAACACGUAUGUUUUCUUCCGAAUCUUUAUUUCUUAUUUUUCUGA